AUGGAGGGUGAGUUGACCGAGCUGUUACAGAAAUUUUCCUUAGCUGGAAAUGAGCUUGCGGGAGCUAUGUUGAAUCCAGAGGAUCUAAACAGUGAAGUUAGAGAAUGUGAAGGAAGCUUGAUAGGCAGAAUUAUGGGGGAAAAAUUUAACAUUCCUAAUCUGGAAGAGAGAGAUAGGAUUGUGGAAGGGGGUCCGUGGGUGAUAGAUAAUCAAGUGAUGAUUCUUAGGAUGUGGUCAGAAGAGAUUGAAGAAAAUUAUGGAGCUUUUGCUACAGCACCUUCGUGGAUGCAACCAUGGAACUUGCCUGUGCAUUGGCUAACUAAAGAGGUGGGUAGGAAGAUUGGAGCUGUGUUUAAAGAAGUGAAAGAGGUUAUUAUACCUCAGUCUGGGGGAAAAGAGGGUAGACAUCUCAAAAUCCUGGCCCUUGUAGACCUAUCAACACCUCUCCUUAGAGGUACAGUAGUUCAAACAGCAGGAACAUUUAAGUGGGUAGUUUUCAAGUAUGAGAGAUAUCCAGACUUUUGUUAUAAUUGUGGUGUGGUAGGCCAUAGUGAAAGAUCUUGUAAAGAGCAGAGAGUUACGAUGGAUGGAGAGCUGGUUGAGAGGGAGAGGAGCAGGAUGCCAACAGGAGGUAGGCUAUUGGAGUUCCUUGAGAAUGCAGAUAAGGAAAAUAGAACUAAACAACUCCUGGAUAGGGAAAGGGAGGUGAAGAGCUUGGGGAUUCCGAACAGUAGCACACCUAGGAAAUUUGAUGAUAGUACAGUAGAACGAGGCUCUAAUGAUGGUUAUCAGCAAAGGGCCCUGGGGAAUCAAGGACCUUGUUUGACUGAUCAAGCCUCUGUGAGAGAGAGGCAAGAGCCAGUAAGGUUGGAAGUGAGGGAGGAGGACACUGACAUGUUACCACCAGGGAUAGAUCAAGCAGUCAGGAUCCAGGAACAUAGUGUAAGGGAAACAGACAUCCAGGAAGAACUUCUUAUAAGUAGUAAGAUCCAGGAGGCGGUUAAGAAACAGGUUAAGAGGUCCUAUAGGAAACUGAAGACUCCUGUUGUAUCUAGAAGGCCCUUAAAGGAGCUGUCUGAUCAGGAUCUUAACCUUAUAGGGAAUGGUAAAAGGAAGGUGCUGCCUUGUGAUGAAGAGAUGGAGGAUUCGCAGUAUCAACAGAUAGUUUGUAAAAAGACCAAAUCCAUGUUGGAGGUUACCCACUGA